AUGACGCGCGAUAUCCCCGGUCCCGCCGCCAUCUUCGUCAACGCGCGCGAGGGUGAUUGCGUGCACGCUCGCGCGAGCGCGUCCGCCCUCGACGCCGCCGCGGAUGGAGAGCGACGCGCACUGGAUUCAAACGACGAGCGACAGCUGGCGGUAGACCGAGACGAGUUCGACGCCGCUGCGUUCGAUCUGUCGCCGUGGAGACGGGCGUGCGAAGCCUUGGACGUGUGCACGGAUGAUUACACCACGUUCGAACCUCGGAACGGCGUGGGAUGGAUCAGACGGGGUGGAUGGCGCUCGUCAAGGGUCCCGCGCGGGGCGUUCGUGUUACGCGAGCUCGGGAAGACGACGAACGGCGACGGGGCGGGGACGAUGUGUGAUCCCACGGGUGAGAUCCGCGUCGUCGUGCACAGAGAUUUGAUGGCGAACGAGCCGGGUCUUCGUGCCGGGAGCGCGAUCGUGGUGCGAGACGCGCCGGUGCUGAGCGCCGAUACGCGGUCGCACGCGGUGUGCGUGUCGAACGCAAAUCUGGUGGCGAUUUUCGAACCCGAGGGCGAGAUCGGGGGGAGCGCGGAGCCGGGGAAGAGCGCUAAGGAGAAACGUGACGAGCUCAGACAGCGCUUGCUCGAGAGUGCGGUGGAGGAUGCGAUGGCAGGAGUAGUGUGGGACGACUUGAGCGAAGACGAAGCCGUCGGUGUCGCGGAGCCGAUGCCAGAGAAGUCUCCAAUUCCAGAGACGAGGGACGACCCGCCGAAUACGAACGCGGCGAACGAUGGUCCUAGCGACUUUGCGUUGCAGCUCGCGGCGAUGUUCGCCGAUGAAGACGACGACACGGCGUUUUAA